AUGUCCCCCGAUUCGAGCAUCCUACCCACCGACAACCUAUCACCCCUUUCAUCGGCGUACCGUUCCUCCACGUCUUCCCCUGACGAAACAUCAUCGCAGCCGAUCUCGGAACACGCAGCACACCGCGUUCUCCUCCUCCUCGACAUCCAAGUCGCCAUGCUCUCACCCCCUCCUAUAGGAGUACCUGCAUCCGCUACAGUACACGCUCACCUUACUCAGAUCCUCGCCUACGCGCGCGCCGCCUCACCACCACCUCUCAUUGUGCACGUGCGCAACUCCGGCGACGUCGGCGAUGCGGAUGAGCCAAACGCUCCGGGAUGGCAGCUCAUUUUUCCGCCACUGCCAGGCGAGGUCGUAUUGGACAAGCGGAAGAAUAGCGCAUUCGCAGGAACAAAUCUCUCCUCCAUUAUCGCUCCGGAUGCUGAAAUUGUGGUCGCAGGGUUUCAGACAGAUUAUAGUAUCAGAGCGACGUGCAGUUCGGCGUUGAAGAGAGGAAAUGAGGUACUGUUGAUUCGCGGUGCGCAUGCUACGUAUGAUCGGAUCGAGGUGCUGCAUGGUGGCGGGAUUACUCCCGCGUCAAGGAUAGAAGGAGAGGUCGAGGCAGAACUGGAGGAGGCUGGUGUACACAUUUUGGAUAUGAAAGACGUUCCGGGGAUAUUCAUGGAUCGGUAG